UCUCCACAAGGUCAUGUCUGACUUUGACACGGUUCUCAAGUUCUGGGCUCCGGUAGAGGCAGACUACCACACCUAUGGAGGUCUGGUCCUGAUCCGUUUAUUCACCGACCACCCUGAAACUCAGAAGCUGUUCCCCAAAUUUGCCGGAUCCCCCCUGGCUGACCUGGUUGGGGAUUCUAGAGUCUCCAGCCACGGGGCCACCGUGUUGAAGAAACUGGGCGAGCUGUUCAAGGCUCGAGGGAGCCACUCUGCCAUCCUCAAACCUCUGACUAAAAGCCACGCCACCAAACACAAGAUAACCAUCCGUCACUUCCAGGAGAUCUCAGAGGUCAUUGCUAAGGUCCUGGAGGAGAGGGCCGGGCUGGAUGGCGCCGGGCAGCAGGCCUUGAAAAAGGUGAUGGCCGUCGUCAUUGCGGACAUUGAGGCCGACUACAAAGAGCUGGGCUUUACAGGCUGA